AUGGCUCAUUCGGAGCCAAACCAUUUUAACAGAACCCACCCAGCUGCUCACCAUGAUAUCCCACUCCUGCCACAGUAUUCCGGACACAAGGCCGGCCGAUCCGCCGGCCAUUGCCGGACUUUUGUUGUGCUCAUGUACUGCACAACCAUCAUUCUGGCCAUCGUUGGCGCAGCUGUUUUCCUCACCCUGUAUGUUCUGCGGUCUCGUCCUGUGACUUACUACGUAGAGAAUGCGUAUUUAACAGAGUUCAACUUAACCAGCAAACACACCCUGCGAUACCAUCUCAAUUUGGAUGUUAAUAUAACGAAUCCGCACGACAACUUCGGCGUCUACUACCAGAAGCUCGACACGUCUGCUUAUUAUCAUGAAAAAUUGAUUGGCUGGGUUUUACUGCCUGGCUUCUAUCUGAGGCGCAAAGAGGCGGUCAUGAUUCACCCUGCUUUUGGUGGUCAGUCUGUGAUUGUCUUUAGUGAAUCGAGUGUGGUUGACUUCAUGGAGCAUAGAGCAGAUGGUAUUUACAGUAUCGAUGUUGAGAUUCAUGCGAAGAUGAUGCUUAAAAUUGGGGCGAUGAUGACACACAAGUUCUCUCAGAAGAUUUGGUGUGAAUUGAUGGUUCCCCUGGUGCCUUCAAAUAACUCUGGCGCCUCAAGAAUUGGUGAAUUUACAAGAACGGAAUGUAAAGUGGAAUUCCUAAAUUGGUUAUUUCCUUUUAAUCCCUUCAUGGACUCCAGUGUGAUUGUUAAUGUAUGA